GGAACAGUUUCACUUUGUUCAUUGAGAAGGUGGAUAGUUUCAUGUUAACUCUACAAAUUACACUCUACUGACGGGUCAUUAUAAUCACUGUGGAGCAGAGAGCUGGGGACAUGUUGACUCGUCUGACCUGCCUGGCCUGGGCUGUCCCCACCCUGAGCCGUGCAGUGCAGUCUGGGACGCGGACAGCCACCUCAGAGGAAGUGUACGCUCGCGAGAAUCGAUACGGAGCGCACAACUACCACCCGCUGCCCGUGGUCCUGGAGAGAGGAGAGGGCAUCCACAUGUGGGACUUAGAGGGUCGUAGGUAUUAUGACUUCCUCAGUGCAUACAGCACAGUUAACCAAGGCCACUGCCACCCCAAAAUCAUUGCUGCCCUCAACACCCAGGCCUCCAAACUGACCAUCUCCUCCAGAGCCUUCUAUAAUGACGUCCUGGGUGUGUAUGAGGAGUACAUCACCAAUCUGUUUGGAUAUGACAAAGUCCUGCCCAUGAACACAGGUGUCGAAGGUGGAGAGACGGCCUGCAAGCUGGCACGAAAAUGGGCGUACAAUGUGAAGGGCGUUCCCAAAUAUCAAGCAAAGAUAAUCUUUGCAGAGGAUAAUUUCUGGGGGCGGACGAUGGCGGCCAUCUCCAGCUGCACUGACCCCAGCAGUUCCGAAGGUUUUGGUCCAUUCAUGCCUGGAUUUGAGGUGGUUCCCUACAACAACAUCCCUGCCCUGGAGAAAGCCCUGCAGGAUCCCAAUGUGGCUGCGUUCAUGGUGGAGCCCAUCCAGGGUGAUGCAGGUGUGGUGGUUCCUGACCCAGGUUACCUGACCAAAGUCCGAGAGCUCUGCACCAAACAAAAUGUUCUGUUCAUUGCUGAUGAGGUGCAGACGGGUUUGGCUCGUACGGGCCGCAGGCUGGCUGUGGACCAUGAGGCUGUGCGGCCGGACCUGGUGGUUCUGGGAAAAGCUCUGGCUGGAGGAGUCUAUCCAGUGUCUGCAGUGCUCUGUGAUGACGAGGUGAUGCUGACAGUUAAACCAGGAGAGCAUUGCUCCACCUACGGAGGAAACCCUCUGGCCUGCAGAGUCACCAUUGCUGCCCUGGAGGUUCUAGAGGAGGAGAAACUGGCAGAGAAUGCUGAGAAAAUGGGAAAUAUUCUGAGAGCAGGGCUGAACAGACUGUCCAAAGAAUUAGUGACGACAGUGCGGGGGAAAGGUCUGAUGAACGCCAUCGUCAUCAAGGAGACUAAAGACUACGACGCCCUUCGAGUGUGUUUGCGUCUCCGUGACAACGGACUCCUGGCCAAACCCUUGCGUAGUGACAUCAUCAGACUGGCCCCGCCCCUCAUCAUCAAAGAAGACGAGAUCAGCGAGUGCGUUGACAUCAUCCAGCGAACCAUCCUGUCAUUUUAAACUGUUAUAAAAUCCUACUGACCAUCAACCA